AUGUCAGUCCGAGUGUUAAUCGUGUUUGCCACCAUCACUCUCGCUGGGGUAAUAUUGGUGGUUGCCGAACAGGAGCUUGCAGAACUGCCGGAGGUGAAAGGCUACAAGCUGCACUGCAUCGAAGCGAGUGGCAUUACGGAGGCGUCGGCGAAGAAAGUGUCCGCCGGGGAAACCAUCAAAGACCCGGAUCAGUCCACCAAGUGUUUCGUGCAGUGCUUCUUCCAAAAGUUGCGCCUGGUCGAUGAAAACGGGGUCGUGCUUAAGGACAAGCUGGAAGCGUUCCUCACGCGCCUAAUGGAUGCGGACAAGGCAAAGGAUUACGUCAAGCAGUGCGACAUUCGACGGACGAAUCCGUGCGACACUGCGUACGCCGUUUAUGAUUGCUAUUUGGGCAAGAAAGCCAAACUGUUUUAGAUGAACGAACAUUUUCC